AUGUACUGGGCCCCUCCUGAACAGAAGUUGACAUAUCUCCAUGGAAGAAGUAUGAUAGGUAUCGAAGGCGAGGCGCCUCGGCAAUCUAAGAUUCCAUACUGGCGCUUGGUUUGGGAUCAAAAAGUGGUCACAGACGAAGUCCUCAAUCAUCCUUACAAUGGGACCGGCACGGAUGACGAUCCAUAUAUUGUUGUCUGGAUUCCUGGGGACUCGCGCAACCCGCCGAAUUUCAGUGCCAUUCUGAAAUGGUCCCUCACCAUCCUCGUCUCUCUGAUCACUCUCACUAUCGCAUUGAUAUCCUCCGCAUAUUCAGGCGGCAUGGCUCAAAUCAUGAAAGAGCUGCACUCUCCAAGAGAGGUCACCACCCUAGGGAUUUCCCUCUUCGUCUUAGGCUUUGCCUUUGGACCUUUGAUCUGGGCGCCACUGAGCGAAGUCUUCGGCCGUCGAAACAUCUUCAUCGUCACAUUCAUGCUGCUGACUGCCUUUAAUGCCGGAUGUGCUGGCUCGCAAAACAUCCAAACUCUAAUCAUACUACGAUUCAUGGCUGGUUUCUUCGGAUCAUCGCCCUUCGGUAAUGCCGGCGGGAGCAUUGCGGAUAUGUUCCCGGCCGGUCAGCGAGGCAUCGCCAUUAGUCUCUUCGCAGCCGCUCCUCUGUGCGGUCCAGCAAUCGGUCCCAUAAUUGGAGGAUUCCUAGGCUUGGGGGCAGGCUGGCGUUGGGUGGAAGGUUUCCUGGCCAUCUUCUCAGGUGUCAUCUGGCUCUGUCUUUGCUUUUUGCUCCCAGAAACAUACGCCCCGGUUCUUCUGCGCCGGCGUGCGGAGAAACUGUCUAAACUCACUGGACAGGUCUACCGUAGCAAGCUGGACAUCGACCGUGGCAAAUUAUCAAUGCGGCAGACAUUGACCACGGCACUUUCGCGACCAUGGCGUCUCCUGUUCCGUGAGCCCAUAGUGUUCCUCUUCUGCGUCUACAUGGCGAUCAUCUACGGGAUCCUGUACCUUUGCUUCGCUGCCUUUCCAAUCGUCUUCCAGGAAGCUCGCGGCUGGAAUGAUGGCAUAGGCGGCUUAGCUUUUCUUGGGAUCUUCGUCGGCAUGGUUCUCGCGGUUGUCUACACGGUCCCGGAGAACAUGCACUACGCCAGAUUAUGCAAGCAGGCCACCGGGCGUCUCCCUCCAGAAAUCCGUCUCCCGCCCAGCAUUGUCGGCGCCAUAGCUCUGCCGAUUGGCCUUUUCUGGUUCGCAUGGACAAACUCCCCGUCAAUCCACUGGAUGGUCUCCAUCGCCGCCGGAGCACCUUUCGGCUUCGGGCUGGUUCUCGUAUUCCUCAGUGUUUUCAACUACCUGAUUGACGCCUAUACAAUCUACUCCGCGUCCGUUCUGGCCGCAAAUUCUGCUCUCCGGUCUCUUUUCGGCGCCGCGUUCCCCCUCUUCACCAGCUAUCUCUACUCAGGGCUCGGGAUCCAUUGGGCAUCCUCGAUCCCAGCCUUCCUGGCGCUAGCCUGCGUGCCGAUUCCCAUCGUGUUUUAUGUUUAUGGGGCGCGCAUCCGGAAGCGCUGCCGCUACGCCGCCGAGGCGGAAGCAUUCAUGCAACGGCUCGCGCAGAGCAGCAACCCACCCGAAGUCCAACGCGACGGGCUAGUUCGCGAGAAGCCCGCAGCUGAGGUGGAAGCUGUGGGGGUGGAUGUGGAGAGUGACAGCGAGGCGGACAGUCUGUCGACUAUGUCGUCUUCCAGCGGGCCGACCAGACGGGCUUCGCGCGCGUCGAGAGGGUCUGGGCGGUCGUUGGGCCGUGUGGCGACGCAGUAUGAGGAGAAUCCGUAUGAUAUUGAUCGGGUUAAUACGCGCAGUUCGGCGAUUAGUGGUCACCGGCGGGAUCUGAUUGCGCCCAAAUCCUAA